AGCCUUCACAACAGCAAUGAGUGAGUCAUCGUCCUUUCACUCAGACAAGCUUGUUUCGUUGGCCCGAUCGCUGUCCGGGCUCGGCCUCGACGCCGCCAAUGGAGGCCCUGCCAGCUCACCCGGCAGCAGUGAGCCUCCGCCUCCGGAGUCCGGCAUCGAGCUCGGCCCUGGGCUCUUCUUCGCCGAUGGCAAGAGAAAAGUCGACUAUGUACUUUGUUACAAAUGCAAAAAACGAAGGUCGUCUCGGCCACGUCUUUCCCUCACGUCAAACGGGAGCAUACCGAUGCCCUUCCCGAUGCCGAUACCGAUGUCUGGUCGGUGGGAGACGGAAGCGGAGUCGGGGGAGGCCAGUGCGCCGGCAGGAGAGGUGGAGGACUCGAAGCUGUCCGACGAGGAAAAGGCUCUGAUGAGGGAGGAGUUUGAAGCGGGACUCCUGGAGGCUGGACUGCAGAUCGAGCGGGACAAGGAGAAGGCAAACGGCAUCAGUUUUAUUCGACUACACAUCCCUUGGUCUAUACUCAGUCGAGAGGCAGAGCUGCAGAAGAUCAAAGUCGCAGUGAAGAAGAAAUGUGAGUUGCGGAAGCGAACAGGCAUCGCUGGAAUUUGGGAUUCUGUUGUCACCAAAGUCAACACACCAUUCCAGCCAGACAUCCCCGACCUUGACAUCUGCAAAGAUUCACAAACACACAUCCGCUUCAAAACCCUCAAACACCCUUUUAUCAGAGACAAGCUCAACCUGUAUGACAUCACAUCAACAGAAACUGUUUUUGACAAUGCAACUCGCAGCAGAAUCGUUGCUGAGAUUAUUUCACGUACGAACUGCAGACGCACUUGCCAGACUACUGGCAUCAAGUCAUUACUGGCUCGGGGCGUCUAUGUUUCUGCCUUUCCCCUGCAUGACGGGUCGUUCACACGGAGAGGACGGCGAGAUCAGCGAAAUGACAGACAGCUCCUCCAUGAAGAAUGGGCUAACUAUGGAGUCAUGCAUAAAUACCAGCCCGCAGACCUGAUUAGGAAGUACUUUGGUGAGCAGAUUGGGUUGUACUUUUGCUGGCUGGGUGUUUACACUCAGCUCCUCAUCCCUCCCUCUGUGCUGGGCAUCAUCGUCUUCCUGUACGGCAUAUUUACUGUGGAUGAUAACGUGCCAAGUCAGGAGACUUGCGACGAGAACCUGAACAUCACGAUGUGUCCGCUCUGCGACGGUGUGUGUGACUACUGGCGUCUGAGCACGGUGUGCUCGCAGGCCCGAGCCUCGUACCUGUUUGACAAUGGAGCCACUGUCCUCUUUGCCAUUUUCAUGUCUCUGUGGGCUGCUUUAUUCCUUGAACACUGGAAAAGGCGCCAGAUGUAUCUGAAGCAUUCCUGGGACCUGACGAGUUUGGAGGAUGAGGAGGAGCGAGUCCAGGAAGAGAUGAGGCCCGAAUAUGAAGAAGCUCUGCAGGAGAAGAAAGACAAAAUGAAAGCUCUGUCGAAGAAGAAGCAAACUAAAGCUGGUGAUGGUGUUGAUGGAGAGACAGACCAGAUGCUGGCCUCCCAGCAGGAGCCCGAGUCGCUGGACAUUGAGGAUCACCUGGCAGGAUACCUCAUCAACAUAUCCACCUUAUUGUUUCUGAUCUUCGUGACCUUCUCAGCAGUGUUUGGAGUGGCGGUUUACCGUAUCUGCAUGUUGAGUGUGUGGUCUAUGAAUCCUGAUCCUGAAGCCAAGGCCAGCGUGAGGAUGACCGUCACCACGACCGGCAUCAUCCUCAACAUGCUGGUCGUUCUGGUGUUGGAGGAGGUCUAUGGAGCAAUCGCUGAAUGGCUGACCGAGCUCGAGCUUCCUAAAACAAAGGAAGAGUUUCAGGAAAAGCUCAUCUUUAAGUCAUUCUUCCUCAAAUCCAUGAACGCCUUUGCACCUAUUUUCUACGUGGCCUUCUUCAAGGGCAGGUUUGCUGGGCGGCCUGGCGAUUAUGUUUACGUCUUUGGAGAUUAUCGCAUGGAGGAAUGUGCUCCUCCAGGCUGCCUCAUCGAGCUGUGCAUCCAGCUCAGCAUGAUCAUGCUCGGGAAACAGCUGAUUCAAAACAAUGUGUUUGAGAUUCUUAUUCCGAAGCUCAAAAAAAUGUACAGAACUUUCCAGGAAGAAAAAGGAAAAAAGAGAGCAGCAGAAUGUGCAGAGGAUGAAACCGAAGAGCAGAGACCUCGGCAGCAGUUUGAUAAAGAUUUCACCCUUGAGCCCUUUGAAGGCGUCAGUCCAGAGUACAUGGAAAUGAUGAUCCAGUAUGGGUUCGUGACUUUGUUCGUGGCCUCUUUCCCACUGGCGCCCGCGUUCGCGCUGCUCAACAAUGUAAUUGAGAUUCGCCUCGAUGCUGCAAAAUUUGUUACCGAGAUCCGGCGGCCGGAUGCUGUCAGGUGCAAAGACAUAGGGAUUUGGUUCAACAUUCUCGCUGGAAUCAGCAAGUUCUCGGUCAUUACCAAUGCAUUCGUCAUCUCUUUCACGUCCGAGUUCGUUCCACGAAUGGUGUACCAGUUCAUGUACAGUGCGAACGGCACCAUGGGCGGCUACACUGAGCACUCGCUGUCUUACUUCGAUGUCAGCAACUUUCCACCUGGCUCAGCACCAAACACUACCCUCAUCACCGGAGUCACCAUGUGCAGGUAUAAGGACUACAGAGAUCCACCAUGGGAACCAGAUGCCUACACGUUCUCCAAACAGUACUGGUCUGUCCUGGCAGCAAAGCUGGCCUUUGUGAUAUUCUUCCAGAAUCUCGCCAUGUUCUUGAGCAUGCUGGUGGCCUGGAUGAUCCCAGAUGUCCCGCGAUCUCUGCGGGAGCAGCUGAAGAAGGAGAACAUGAUGUUGAUGGAGUUUCUGCUGAAUCACGACCAACAAGCAUGUGCCAAAGCUCAAUCCCCAAAUAAUUCCGCCUCCUGCUUCCCCAACAAUAUCGAAAUUGUGGUGGAGGCGCCGCCAGAAGAGCGAGCAGAGCAUAACGUUGAUGAGAGGGAAGGGGAGGAGGAGGCAGAGGAGGGAGAAAUCGGGGUUGCGAUCAGUGUGGAUAACCAAAGCAGUGACAGCGAUCCAGAUAUUGGAAAGUCAUUCAUAUCUGUUGAAGGAAAUGGAGAGGCGGUGCGAGGAGGUGAAGGAGAAGAUAAAGAUGAGGAGCCAGAAAGUGGAGAAAAGGAAACGAGUGAAGACGUGAAUGAAAAGAAUGGAAAAGAUGAUAAAGAGCAACAAGGAGCAGAGGAAGAAGAGGGAAGACAAGAACAUAAUGAAGAUGAAGCAAAGGAGGUCAAGGCUGAGAAUUUCACAGUGGAUCUGGACUCCUUCAUGGAAGAGUUGGGUCUUUUAGAUGAAGACCCCUCGCCGAGCGCAGCCGCAGAGGCCAAGCUUCCUCGCUCAGGCUCCAAACAAGAAUACCAGGCAGAGAAGGAACCUGCGUUGUGUCCGUCAUCUCAGAGAGGCUCAUCCCAGAGUCUGAAAGGCUCCAGAACGGAGAUCACAGCGUCAGAUACUGGAACUCGGAUCUUCUCGCUAAUUGCUCCACCUCCCAGAGAACCAGGUUCAAAGGCAAAAGCCCGUUGCUCCACCCUGCCUUCCCGCCACAGAGGGGCUGAGGCAUGUUACAGCUUGCCCCGGCCCAGCCACUCCACCAGCCUCACCAAGUUCCAACAACCAGCCACGCUCACUCCUCUGGUUCCCCUGGGCCCCUCGUCGUCGGCUUCGCCCAACCCUUUCUCCCCGCCGCAGACGCCCGUGCACUCGCAGCCUCGCCAGGCCCAGCAGCCCAAAACCCAGACUGAACUGUUUGUGCUGAAAGGCCCUCCACCUCAGAAGCCACGCUCCAGGGGCAAAGCCCGGUGCUCCACGCUGCCUCCGCGGCAAAGAGCGCCGGGUCCCGAGGAGCACUCCACCAAGCCUAGCCACUCCACCAGCUUCACGCAGCUGGGAGACCGCAUCCCCCCUUCCCCCAGCGAACUGAAACGCAACACGCCGGUAUGAGGACGGCCGCAGGGCGAAAAGGGACGUAGGGAAGGAGAGGGAGGGGGGGGAGAUUAGCUUCUCCUGUCUGUGCCUGGAGCUGCGCCCCUCCUUACAUCCUCUCUAUCUGCAUGUACUUGGGGUCUGUGAAGAGACCAUCCAGAUCGACUAAACCCUCUUUUUUAUCCUCUUAAUCUGCGGAGAUAUUUAUAUCACUCAGUGGUUUAGGACUGAUCCUGACAAUGGGAGUGUUUGAGAGUGCAGAGAAGGACUGCUUGGAUACUCUUCUUGCCACAACCAAUGAAAACACCACUGGAGCUCUUUGUAUUUUAUAUUUGCAUUUGGGAAUGUGUUGUUAUUUUUUGUUGUUUGGUUUGUUUGUUUUUUUGCCCACAGCUCAAUAGUCACUGCUCCUCUGUUACUUUCAGUCCUGCACAUGCAGCAGUGCUGCCUUGUAGACCCAUGGAAGAAGAAUAUAUACUCAUCACAACUAGUGUUGACAGUUAUGCUCGUUUACUGUUUGUUUUUAGAGGUUUUGA